UAUCAGUGAUGGAAUGCAUGCCGUGCCCUCUUGUGUUAAUGGCUGCAUCAGUAAUGGAUCCACACUGUAUUGCUGCUAAGAGCUGACUGAAUAAUCUGCCCCUGCUGUGGCUGGAAAGACUGAGCCAGCUGUUUAAUGAUGUCAGCGUGCUGGAGGGGAAACGAACGUACGCGCACACAUACAGACGCACAGAAGGACGGACAGAGUUAGGCACACACACUCGAGGACAGACAGACGCGGACACGAGGCAAACGAAACGCAUCCGUCAUCGGCUGAACAGCUGAACUGACUUCACGGGAAGGAAACACCAACGCAGCCACCGUCAAGAGAACCGCGAUCAUAUGCAGCAUACCGACACAUAAUCGAUGCCUUGAGUAAAAGAAGUAAAGAAGCAGAGGCCGCCUUCUUGAACGUGUACAAGAAAAUAAUCGAUGUCCCAGACCCUGUACCUGUGCUGGAGCUGGCUCAGCAGCUGCAGCUGAAGCUCCAGAGGAUGCACGACAUUGAGACAGAGAACACCAAACUUCGAGAGACACUGGAGGACUACAACAAAGAGUUUGCAGAGGUUAAAAACCAAGAGGUGACCAUUAAGGCCUUGAAGGAGAAGAUCCGGGAGUACGAGCAGUCUCUGAAGAAUCAAGCCGAGAACCUGGCCCAAGAGAAGCAGCUCCAGCUACACAACGACUAUGCAGAGAAGGAGAGGAAACUCCAGGAGAGCCAGGACUCCAUGUCCUCACGGUUGGAAGAGGCCGAGCACAAGGCCCAGUCCCUACAGACAGCACUUGAAACAACUCAGGCCGAGCUCUUUGAUUUGAAGACCAAGUAUGACGAGGAAUCCACAGCAAAGGCCGAUGAGAUCGAGAUGGUGAUGACAGACCUGGAAAGAGCCAAUCAGCAAGCAGAGGCUUCUCAGCGAGAGAUGGAGUCGCUCAGAGAGCAGGUGUCCUUGAGCAGCCAAUCCCAGCAGCUGGGCAGCCCGGCCAAGGCCGACCCUGACACGGAUCAGCCGACGGAGGGGGCAUCCCACUCAGGUCUUGAGGUGGAGCUAAGGUCCAAAGAAAGGGAGACAGCCCAGCUGGUGGAGGACGUCCAGAGACUGCAGGCCAGCCUGACCAAACUCAGAGAGACCACCAGCUCUCAGAUCGCACAGCUGGAGGAGCAGCUCAGCAGCAAGACCGCCACUCUCAAGGAAUUGGAGGAGAAAUUGCUUAAGCAAGCUGAUUAUGAGGAGGUGAAGAAGGAGUUGAGCAUCCUCAAGUCCAUGGAGUUUGGAACAUCUGACUCUGUGCAGGACUCAUCCAAACCUCUGGAGGUGCUGUUGCUGGAGAGGAACCGCAGUCUUCAAUCUGAGAGCGCCGCUCUGCGCAUUGCCAACACUGAGCUCAGCGGGUCAGCCGGGCGGAAAGGGACAGAAGAGUCCACAACGAAGGAGGAGACCAUGCCCAGCAAUCCCUCUUCGUCGCCCCCUUCUCCCCCUCCCUCUCUUCCUUCCUCCUCCCAGUUUCCCCUGUCUCGCACUAAUACGGACACCCUCAACACUGCCACCACCACCAGCAGCGGCGAAGCGCACCCUUUCAGUCCUACGGGCAUUGGACAGGAUUUCUACUCCCCUGUGUUCCCUCUGGUGGGUGGUAAGAUGGCUUUGAACUCCCUGAUCCAGCGGCAGCUGCUUCAGACCUUCUACUCCAAAGCUUUGCAGGAGUCGUCUGGGAUCCCCAGUGGAGCUCUGCUGUUCACGCCCUUCACUCCAACCCUCAGCUCCAUCCCUACCUCCACCCCAGGCUCUGGGUCAGCUGCCAUCCCUCUGGCAGCCAGCAGCCCCCAGCCACCUCCAGCCAGCCCAGACAUGGCUCCUGUAAACGGGAGCAGCACCGCUGGCAGUGCCCCGUCCCCAUCACCCAGCCACUCUGACGCCACCACGGGAAGUAUUUUGGACGGGGAGGACAUGGACACGUCAGAGAUUGCCCGACAGGUGAAAGAGCAGCUGAUCAAGCACAACAUUGGCCAGCGAGUGUUUGGCCACUAUGUACUGGGACUAUCCCAAGGAUCGGUGAGCGAGAUCCUUGCCAGACCGAAGCCAUGGAACAAGCUAACCAUCCGGGGGAAGGAGCCUUUCCACAAGAUGAGGCAGUUCCUCGCCGAUGAGCAAAACAUCCUCGCACUGCGCAGCAUCCAGGGACGGCAGAGAGGUAACAUUACCGCCCGGGUUCGCACCCCAGAGGCUGGUUCAGAUGAGGCUAUCAAGUCCAUUCUGGAGCAGGCCAAAAGAGAGCUGCAGGUGCAGAAAGCUGACUUGUCCCAUGCUCAGCCUUCGUAUACAGGACUGAAAGGUGGGGGUGGAGGCGGCAUGGGAGGCGGAGGGGGCCACGGGUCGGAUGAGGCUAUCCGCUCCAUCCUAGAGCAAGCUCGCAGAGAGAUGGAGGCCCAACAAUCUGCAAUGGAGCCCCUCCUCAAAGCGUCAUCUUCGUCUUCCUCCUCACUACUAUCUCAGAGGGACUUCCUAAACUCCUCGCUGACCGCUCCCCUUCCCCCCUACAACCCCCUGGCACUCUCCCUCAAGAAGCCCACCAGCUCCCUCUUGUCCUGCCCCUCAUCCCCGUCUCCCAUCCUGGACUUCAGCUCCAGCGUGAAGAGGGAGAGCAGGAGUUCUUCAGGGAUUGACAUGUCUGUUGAGGGAGCUCUCAGGCUGGGUCGGAGCUCGGAGGGGUCCGGCCGCUCUGGAAGUUCUGGAGGAGUGGGUUACUGGAGAGAGCAGUGGUGGAGCAACAUGCACACUGACCCCCGCAGGGCCGCAGUCAGCCAGACAGGAGAGGACAACCACAUGCAGGAGGACUCAAAAGAGGGAAUAUUGAGUGACAGUCUGUCUCGACACAAGCCGUGGAACAAGUUGAACCAGAGGAUCAGAGAGCCAUACCUCCGCAUGCAGCCGUGGCUCAAUGGAGACCAGGGGCAAAACGCACACAUCCAGCCAGCUCAGAACCAAGCAGAGGGUACUCCCAAGACAUCUGCCAGCUGCAGCCCAGCUCCCGAGUCACCCCUCAGUUCAGCUGAGGAGUCUGUCAACGGUCUCGGAGGGGAUCCACUCGCUUCACAGUCCUCCAGUCUCAAACCUGCGUCUGAGGAUCCCUCAGGUGGGGAGUCCCAGCCAGGCACCCCGCUGCCUGUCCCCGGUCAUUCGGGUCUCAGUAUCCAGGAAAUGGUUGCCAUGUCUGCUGAGCUUGAUACUUAUGCCAUCACCAAAAAGGUUAAGGAGGUGCUGACUGAUAAUAACCUUGGCCAGCGUCUGUUUGGGGAGACUAUCCUGGGUCUGACUCAGGGUUCUGUCUCAGACCUGCUGGCCAGGCCCAAACCCUGGCACAAGCUCAGCCUGAAGGGCAGAGAGCCCUUCGUCCGCAUGCAGCUCUGGCUCCAGGACCCACACAGUGUGGAGAAACUUAUGGACAUGAAACGCCUGGAGAAGAAAGCUUACAUGAAGAGGCGGCUAAGUUCCCUGAGUGAUAGCCAUCCUGUGGACGUGGGUUUAGUGGGGCAAGAUUACAUCCAGGGCUCCCAUAGCCCGGGUCAGCAGCAUUUGAAGAAGGCCAGGGUGGUGUUGGGCCCUGAGGAGAAGGAGGCCCUAAAAAGGGCCUACCAGCAGAAGCCCUAUCCCUCCCCAAAAACCAUUGAGGAGCUGGCCUCCCAGCUCAACCUGAAGACCAGUACUGUCAUCAACUGGUUCCAUAAUUACAGGUCACGCAUCCGGCGAGAGCUCUUCAUAGAGGAGAUCCAGGCAGCUGGAGGGUUAGGGCCUGGCAGUGAGGGGGGCUCCCCAUCCCUCCGAGGGUCCAAAUCAGGAGAGGGGGACAGCUGUGAUGGGACAGAAUCCGAAGGCACAGUGGAGACACGCCAGGGACUGGGCAUCGGACUGGAGGAUCACAGAGGAGCAUGCAAAGACGACAUGGAGGUGGAGUCUGAGGCAGGGGGAUCUAAUAACUCCCCUGACCAGCUAGACUGUACCGGGCCAGGCUCCAGCUGUGGUAUGGGGCUCUUCAGCCUCACAGAGGCAUCCUCCAGUGGCUCUGCCUGUAGUACUAACAUCCCAGCCUCUGGCCCUGCCAGAAACCCCAGGGACAACAAUCUGCGCAAGAAGAAAGCAGCCAAUCUCAAUAACAUCAUCCACAGGCUGGAGAAGGCUGCCAGCAAAGAGGAUCCCUCAGAGUGGGAGUUCUAGCUUCUCCUGAGCAUCCUGCAUCCCUCUUGUCUCAUAACCUCACGACCUCUAACCUUGGACCCCUCCUGCUCUGUUCCAGUUGGAGAGUGGACACAGCCAAAGUCAAGCUCAGCAGCCAUUUUUAUUACAGAAAAGCUUUCCGAAAAGAGGAAAGAAACAAAGAGCGGUUGGCAAAACCCUUAAAAAGAAGAUUUACUGAAUACCUAGAAGAACAAAAUAAGAGAACCUAUGCGUCUCCGUUUUUUUUUUAAACUGAGUUUUGUUUUUGUACUGAGAAAAGCACUUAGCCGUCCUGCUGGCCUCCGGCCCUGCUGUACCUUCCCCUAUCACCAGCCACUGGUGCACCAGACUGGUUACUCCUGAGCUGGGGUCUGACCCACAGCUGAGGAUGAAACCUGGACUCAGAAACACAGGCAAGGCCUGACACAGCAGCUGUCACAGUGAUAGACACUGUUAGAUGAUAAAUAGAGACAGGAACUCUCUUACAAGAACUCUCACUUUCUUAAAGGAGAUUUUUUCCGCUCUUCUUCUCACCUCCCAAGUGUCCACAAACCUCCCCUCACUCAGUGAGACGCCUCAUUUUUCACACUGUAGAGUGACUGUUACAAACCCUUUGCCUUUUUCACUCACUGCGUGUGUGUGUGUGUGUGUGUGUGUUUUUGUAUGUUAGGGGUUGCGUCAGUGUGCACCUGUUUGUUUGUUUGUUUGUUAAUUUGUUUGUGUGUAAACACACCCAAAAAUGGUGUGUAUGUGUGUGUGUUCUCUUCUCAAUGGCAGCAUGUUUUCUUUUUCAUCUCACUCCUACACUCUUAAGAGGGUAGUGGAAGGCCUGCCGGCUGAGCUGCCAUGGUUACUGAUGUAAGAGAGAUGAACUUUGACCUGUUGUGUCCCAUAUCCUAUCCUGCUGACAGCCAUGUGAUGGCCAGAAGGAUCUCUAAUUCCUCACAAACACACGCACUCAUCUGAAGAGGAAGGAUGGAAAGAACCCUCUUUUUGCCUCCUUAAACCCUUCUUUAAAGGAUGAAGGAUGAUCUCUUUUUUUUGAUAUUGCAAUUUGGUUGCCAAUAAGAGAUUGCACAGUCUAUUGACUCUAAAGAGUACAAAAUAGGGAAUUUUAGGAAGCAUUUUAAUUAGUACAAAAUAAGAACAGAAAAUAAGAGAAUAACAAGUUACUGUCUUUAAAAAAAAACCUGAUUAGAAUGGAAUAAUGUUGCGUUUUUAAAUACGAUACAAUGAAUUCACGUAGUACUGUAGCUUUCUGACACAAUGAUACUUUACGUGUCUCUUGUUGUUUGAGGUCGUGCACGUCACAGCUUUUACCCAGCACUGGACCUGCUGGGUGUGUGUGUGUGUGUGUGUGUCUCCACCACCAACAAAUUGUCUCUGUUCACAAACACAUCUUUUUAUAGGCCAAAUCAGGAAGAGUGUGUGUGUAGGUUUGUUUGUGUGAGCGCAUGUGUGUGUGCAUUUGUAUUUGCUUGCAUGUAAGUCAGGGUCGAGGUCAAUUCACUCAGAAGUCAAAUUAAGAAGAAGAUUAUCCAUAAUGAAUUUUUGACUGAAAUAAUGGGUUUUAUGUAGAGAACUUGAUCUGUACUUUCUGGUGUCUGCCGUCAAAGUGAAUUCACCCCCACCCUGGUGUGAGAAGUUUCCACUCUCCUCCAGUCUGUCCUGUAUCCAGGGAUGUUUUGCAUUGAAUUCUACUGUAUACACUACAAAUUAUAAGGCAUAUCACCUCCUCCCUGUCCCACACAAGCCCUCAGUGCCUGUCAGCCUACUGCCUCCCCUUUUGUGUGUGUGUGUGUGUGUGUGUGUGUGUGUGUGUGUGUGUGUGUGUGUGUGUGUGUGUGUGUGUGUGUGUGUGUGUGUGUGUGUGUGUGUGUGUGUGUGUGUGUGUGUGUGUGUGUGUGUGUGUGUGUGUGUGUGUGUGUGUGUGUGUGUGUGUGUGUGUGUGUGCGCACAUGCCUGUCAAUACAUGCGUGUGCACAAGUGUGUGCGAUUGAGGAGUGUUCAGUGUUUCCAAUGAGUGGGGUCAUAUUUCUUAUCUACUUGCACACACUACUAGUGCACAACUGACACCCUUCUUUAAGCUGUUUGAUGCGUUACCAUUACAUUAAUCUUCUCACAAAGUAGUGUAAUACUAUGAUUUACUGUAGCUUGGUUUUAUUGCUAUUUUGCAUUUAUAGUUUGGUUUUUAUUCUGCUUAUUUAUAGGUGCUGUAUUUUUUUCAUUUAAUGUCUUAUCAUUUGAGUUGUCUAUUUUUUAAGGGAUUAUACUGUUCCUGAGGGCAAGUAACAUUUUUAUUAGACGUAUAGACUGCCGGCAGUAUUGGUUAAUAUUUACAAAGAUGUACUAGUUCUUGUUUGUUUGUAUAUUCAUGAAUCCUAAAGUUUAGUGUCAUUUCAAUAGCUUUGAAAAAAAUGUGUUUGCUACAGUCCAUGCUCCCGUAAGCAUUAAGCUUUUACCACAACAGUUAUGCUCUUACAUUGCUAGCUAGAGAAUCAAAGGACAUAUCAAGAUCGGUGAAUAUAUGAUAGCAUAUCUCUUUUCCUGUUUUCUAUCCUUCUAUAAUGUUCAUUUUUGUUCGGCUGUUUCUUGGGCAAGCCCGAAACCAACGUUCGGCAGGGCAUGCAGCUUUCCUUAGAUAGAGGUCGCCCACUCUGUAAUCGCGUUACCAUAACUUGCAGGUCCCAUUGUCAAAUAGGUCAAAUGAAAUUACCUAAACUUGAAAACACAAGUAACUUGAAAGAGGUCAUAUCUGCCAAAUUGAGAUUAGAGAAGUAUACCAGCUAGCAGGGGUGCUACGUCAGAUUGAACAGAUAGCCAGCCUAUGAUUAUGCAGAAUAUAUAUUGCAGUCCGUAACAAAGCACUUAUUAGGAUCUUUUUUGAAGACUUACUUGGGAUAGGGUCUGUAAACACUACGACAGAGUACGAUCCCGGGAUCCUGGGAAAAUGUUUGCCUUUUUCAAAAAGUGGUUGUGAACCAAGCACAGACUCCUCUCUGCAUCUUAACACUAAAAUUGAAACAUAAGAUUGCUGUAUCCAUGUUUUAUAAAUGAUAAACUGUAGUCUCUUACAGUAGCCCCUUAUUUCAAACUACAGAUAACUGUGUGACAGAAAGGGCCUUUGUCCUGUACAGUUGUAGAUAUUAUGAGUAAACACCUGUUUUGGUUUCUAUCCAAAAUGUCCUCAGUCCAUCCUUAAGCUUCCCCCUUUUCCUGAAUGUACAUCCAGAUGUAUUGGCAGCCUAUCAAAAGAUACUGAUAACCUCAUUGCACUCUAUUCGGAUGCAUUCGGUCAAAUUGGAUUUUCCAGUGUAUCUAAUAAUUGUAAAUUCCGCAAACAUUGGCGCUUCCUGUGGACGACUGAUGUGAAACAUCUGUCUUCUGCAGAAUACUGAAGGCUUAUUGCCUUCUGUUGGACUGCUUGGAUUGGACAACCACAGUGUGUUUAAUUGUGAUGAAUAGCUACUGUAAAGUUUAUAAGCACUUAACCCAUUUGCCAUUUUAUAGCCAGAUCCAUCAACUCACCCACUCCAUGUGAGAUCAUCAGAUUUGUGCCUUUAACUGCCAAGCAGGGCACCAAACUAGUGAUGUCAUUAGAUGUAGAUGAUUUCACCUGAUUUGUUCGUAAUAUAUCCCACAUCUUGACCCAAAUUAAUUUCUCAUGCACUUCAUAAAUAUUGGUACUUUUGAAGUCAACUUUUCUCCGCCCUCUGGAGAGGGUUGUAUAUAAUUCCUGGAGUGUAGUGAAAGAGUAAAAGGAGAACAACGAGCUUGUGUAUUCUUAUGACUGACCUGCAGACAUGUUUCCGUCCGGGUCUUAUUUCAGAAAGUUGUUUUCCCACAAUGCAUUUCUUACGUUGUACAUAACCUGAACUAGCAGCGGAAGGCCAGAGCAUUGAAUGAAGGAGGAAGCAUGCAGAAAACAGCGUACACUGUAAUAACACUGAAUUUAUUCAUGGGGCAUUUUGUAUUUUUCUGUUUGUGUCAGGUUUGCUGUGACAUUAAUAGUGGCACUACAGGUAUUGAUUAUGACGUGUGCCAAUUCAAAUGGUUAUUUGGAAAAGAGACGUGUAAAUACAGUCGAUCAAGUAGCUAUUGAUUCACUUUUGUCACAGUAUGCUUUUGUUUGAAGGCAGGAGGAGAGAAGGGACGAUUCAGGACUUUUCCAUGAUCCACAGAUAUUUUUCUACAAAUUUAAAUCAGAUGAUUCUAUACACUGUUGAAUAACAUUGUAAAGGUGUAAACAGAUGCUGUAUAUCAUAUCAUGUUUUCUGAAGUCGUAAAGCUUUACUGUAUAAUCUGUUGAAGUCGUGGUUAUUCAUUUUGACAUAUUAGUUGUAAUGGAAGCCCAAACAGCAGCACUGGUCACCAUAUUCAGGAAAAAAAAAGAAAGAAAGAAAAACCUCAGAUGUUUUUGUAAUACUUUUAGAAUAUAUCUUAUGAAGUGGGUUUUGUAAGGAAACACUUUCCGAAUCAGUGGUGCUGUACGCAUAGCACACUCAGUAAUACAUACACACAUAAUACAGCACAAUACACUCAUCCUUUAAACCCCCCUCCACUUUACUUGCGUGCUUGUUUAUGUUUUUUCGCUCACCUCUCACAUUGGCUAAUUUUUAAGUCUUAAACCAUUUCUUCUUAUCAGUUACUUCAUGCUUAACUGUACAGUUUUUAACACCCAGAGAUAGACUCCGGAGCGAUAAACAUUUCAGCGAAUGCUUGCAAGACUUAAGAGGAAGCAUAAAGCCAAAUAGUGAAGUUAGUUAUCCACCUCUGUUGAAAGGUUGCUGACAGUUUUCUGAAUGUUGCUACCUUGUGUCGUCGCUUCAGUUCACCCAUAGCUUAAACCACAGUGUAGUCUGACAACCAAAUGACCUGGGGAGAUCUUCUUCCCCCCUCCUUUUGGAAAGCUUUAAGAUGCUUGUUGAGGCUUUAGCAAUUCAGAGUGUUUUUAGAUGAUUUUUCCAACCUUUGUCAUCAACAAUGUGGAAGUAAUAAUUCUCAUAACUUCUCCCACUGCUUAUUUUGUGAGUGUGUGUGUGUGCGCGUACAUGUGUGUUGUAGUACAAAAGGCUGCAUGACUGUAAAGGGAUGGUUAAGAUGUUUUUGAAAGAUGUUUCCCUAGCACUUCUGUCACUCCUGAGAUGCUUUUUUCUCCUUGUUGGGGUCUCCUUCCCUUUUGUUUUCCCUCAUGUAUCAUUGUUUCUUUAUCUUUCUAUUUACUAAACGUAUCAUGUUGUUUGUUCUCAGCACUGUAAAACAGUCCCUUCUACAACAUUGAAAAGCAAUAUCACUGUAUGAAACGUUCACAAUGUAUUUGUUAUGAUUGACAUUUGAUUCAUCAUCAUCAUUAUUAUUCACAUGCACCCUAGGUGUGAUAAUUGAAGUAAAUCUCUUUUAUACAAAUA